CAAAAUGUGACUUUCAUAUGCUUUGUGCGUUUGUUCGAUGAAGUCAGCUGAUGGCUUUCUGACCCUGGAUUCCGGCUAGCGAACUCUAGCAAACCUAAUUGCCUGUUAUUCACAGGACGGAUUUUCUAAACUUCUCCAGGAGACUGGUGAUUCUUAUGAGAAUCAUGAUAACCAGUCCCAGUGCCCAACUAAAGCUUCAUUCUUUUCUCCUUCUUGCCGAUGGGCACAAAUCGGAAGCUUCGUGCAAAUUAGAAGAUUUUCCGUCGCUAACGCAAUCUAGACCAAUUAGUUUUGGUUUGUCUUCUUCCCAAAGAACAUGCACGAGUUUCAAGUUUGUGGAUAAAAUUCAGGACACGUUCGAUGGUUCUCCCUUAUCUACAAGAAGGAGACGAACGAAGAGGAACCACAAAAGGAUGCUAGACGCGAAUAGCCCAGCUGCUCUGGACGGCUACGGCGACGCGUUUACAAAUAAUAGAGGCGCAGAGUUGCAGUCCAAGUGCAAUUCAACGGACUCCGUCUGGUAAGUGCCAUUUUGCGCUUAUCUCUAUGCACACUUUGGCGUAAUACACACAGAUCUUCCUUCUUAUUUUUCUGCUUGUAUGUCGUCACCCCUGGUGCACCAAUGCUUUAUAUCGGAAAGAAUGGGGCCAAU